UGUAGUUUUACUGGAUCCUUAUACCAAAGCACAUCACUAUAAUAGAAGUCUUUGGUCUCUGUGUAAAAAAUGUUGAUUUAAGCAUUUUGGAUUAAAGAAUUAAAAUAUUAAUAUGAGUUCCCUUGUUUUAGUUUUAAAAUGUUAUUUUGAUUUUUGUUGUUGUUGUUGUUGUUUUAUGUUCCCAUAAGGUUUCGUCGGGGAGUUCACAAGUGCAUUGAGUGUUAUUCGGAAAUAAAAGAUUUUGCAAACCAUUUUCCUACAUAUGUCCACUGUAGUUUAUGCAGAUACAACACUAGCUGUAGUAAAGCCUAUGUAAAUCACAUGAUGAGCUUUCACAGUGCUCGUGCAAGUAAAAGGUUUUGCAUUUUUAAGAAGCAUUCGGAAGACUUGAGGGGCAUUACUGUAGUGUGCCUUAAUUGUGAUUUCCUAACUGAUGUUUCUGGUAUAGAUAAUAUGGCCACACAUUUAAGUGAAAGUGACACUCACACAUGCCAAAUUAUCAAAGAAAAUACACCUGUUUCCAUCUCAAUUUCUGAACAAUAUACAGAAUGCAGAAGCAGCCCAGAGAUUUCAAAAUAUGUCCAGGGUAUAUCUGGACAGUGUCCCCCUCCGAUGGACACAACUGGUGCCUGUUCUCCCUUACCAAGGAUCGUGAAUAGUCUGACUGUGGAACCUGCUCCAGGUUGUCGCCUCAAGCAAUCAGAUCUUGGGGAGAGUGCCUUGCUACAUGGCUGGCCUCCCGUUAAAGAAUGAAAUAAUCGUUAUGGAAAAAGAAGCUACACCUGAG